AUGGACGAACUGGACGUAGGCGAUCGCAACUUCAAGCCCUGUCAGUGCGGCUACCAGAUGUGCCGCUUUUGCUGGCAUGAGGUAAAAGAAAAUUUGAAUGGCAAAUGCCCUGCCUGUCGCCAAACCUACGAAGAGGAGAACUACACCUUCACCCCUCCCAACGCUGAAGAAAUCGCGCAACAGCUUGCCAGGAAGAAGGAGAAGGAGAAGAAGCGAAAGAAGGAGGACAAGGUUAGCAGGAAGAAUCUUGCGAAUGUUCGAGUCAUUCAGAAGAAUCUCGUUUACAUCACCAAUCUUGCCCUCAGCGUUGCCAAGGAAGAGAUCCUUCGCAAGCCGGAGUACUUUGGGCAGUAUGGCAAGAUCCAGAAGGUCGUUGUAAAUAAGAACAACCUCUACAACAUAAGCUCGCCGGGCGGACCCAGCGUCAGUGCGUAUGUUACCUACUUCCGUCCGCCAGACGCCCUGACGGCGAUCAAGGCGGUGGAUGGUGCGUGGCUCGGCGGACGAACCCUCAGGUAA